AAUUAUUUCAUGCUUUUUUAGCCUGUUUAUUCCCUCUUCUCUUUGUUAGUCACUGUUAUGUUCAUAGUGCCACUUUCAAUUAUGUUUUAAAUUACAAUAGAUCCACCAUUGUGAAAUUCUAAGUAAGGCAAACUACAAGAACAAGUGGUGUAACUCUCUUAAGGUGUGACACCUUCACUAGAGAAGAAAUUAAGCGAGCUCCACCCAAAUGGCAUCAACCCUACCCCAUGAAAGCAGCUGGUGGCAGUCAGGAGGAGUCUAUGUGGAACGCUGUCACUCUGGAGUUCCCUGCACAGUGGAGAGUUGCUUUUCUACUAACCAAUGCACAUUGGAAUACUAAGUCUCUUUUUGCCCUGAUACUCUCUCUCUCUCCCUUUUCUCAUCCGAGGGAAGGAAUUCUGGCAGAGCUGUUGAGGGGAACUUUUUUUCAUACUUCCUCUCUUUCACAUACCAAGUCUCUCCUCCUUUGGUGUGGUGGGGCAGACAUUGAUAGUGUUUGUGUGGAUGUUUGGCGUGGACGGAAAGGGACAGUGAAAAGGAGACAUGCUGCAAAAAGGCAGGGCUGGUGCCAUCAGCACCACAACCACAACAGAGAUACCGGACCUCAAUGAGAGGAGAAUUAGGCGCCUCAGACUAACCCUGGGACCUGAGAGCAUUCCUAAAGCUCAGAAUGAAAAAGUCAACUCUGAAGAGAAAAUGGUCAAUGGUUCCCGGAGAAGGAAACAUGCCCUCAUGCAGAGAGAGAGACCACCUGGAAGAGAAUCACUUGAACAAGAAGACAAGCACCCUGUAACCAAUGGCAUCGGUAGGGAGCAGCCUAUUCAGCACGGGCACAGAGUUUAUGGCAUGGUGCAAAGCACAGGCACCAACCACCAACAGGAAGUGAUGGCACACGAGGUUUCUGUCAAUCACCUGAGAGAUGAGAUGAGGUACAUCAAAGAGGUACGUGACUCUUUGGAAAAAGUCAGAGAGCGGAUGUAUGGCCAGUUUGGAGGGAUGCAACAGUCAAUGCAAAAAUUAUCUCAGGAAUUAAAGGCAACCAACUCUCAUAAGUGUUACCUAGAGUCAGAGGUGAGAACAAGAAGGGCAGCAAUGGAGAGCUUUGACCAGAUGAACAGCUCCCUCAUAUCUUCAAACAUUGACCUGCAGAAGUCAUUGCUGGAAAGCUGUCAUAACCGUGUGGGGAACAGGGAUGAGAUGAGAUCUCUGUGCAGCUCCUUAGAGAAGACAGAGGAGAAACUGAAGGAAACAGAGAGACAACUAGCAGCAGCACAUGCUGAAAACCGCUCUCUGAAACAUCAGGUGGACACUUCUCAGGAGGCCAACACUCAAGCAUUGAAAGAGAUGAGUGCAAAGCUACAGAGGGAAUACGAGGAACAGCUGCAGGAACAGCGGAGGAAGUACACAGAGGAGAUAGAAGCUCUGCAGGCACAGCUUGAUGACUACUUGAGGAGGCUUGAGGAGGCCGAGAAGAAUGCUAAGAUAGCUGAGGCAAAGAUCACAGAAAGAGACAAAAGAAUAGCAGAGGUGGAACGACUACUAAAUUGUAUGGCUCAGGAGAAGUGUGACCUGAUCAAAAAGCUCUGUGAUUGUGAACAACGCUUGCAUGGUUUGGACCAAGUUGACCAUGCAGACAAAGCUGUAGCCAAACAGUCCGAGCAGCUGAAAGGAGAAGCAGCAGAAUUGAGAGAGAGAAUAAAGCACCUCAAUGACAUGGUGUUCUCACAGCAGAGGAAAGUCAAGGGUAUGAUAGAGGAGGUUGAAACAUUGCGAGAAAAAGUUGCAGAGAAGGAUAUAUUCAUCUCUGAGCUGCUGGACAGGAUAGCCAUUGUGGAGUGUGAGAAUAAUGAGUUAGAAGACAAGCUGAAGUAUUUUAUGUCUGUGCAGAGAGCAUCUGAGACUAAAGUACUCACUAGGGACAUUGGAGUUGGUUGUGACCUGCCCAUUAGAUCUGAAGAGCAGCCAUAUGUAUCUCCUGUCCAACAAAGUCCGGUCCCAUCAUCCCCAAGAUCUUCUAGCAGACUGAGCAAUAGUCUUCUUAGAUAUACUCCUGGUCAGUACACCUCAAUGCUGCAGUCCGGCCUAGUACAGACACAGGAAGUUGUUUCACGGCCCACACAAUCAUCUUUAAGUUAUGUUCAGACUGGUCAUGAAGACGAGGAAUCUGAAUCUACGCAAUCCCCACCAACGUCUCCAAAUUCAGAACUGUCCUUACCGAGAGUGCGAACCAGCCCAUUAGAGAUCUACACUCCUUUUAUGAAGCUGAUGGAAAUGACCCCUAAUAUUAACUUUGAAUAAAUGAAAACUACUUUGCUGUAGCAGAAGCUGAUGCCCUUCAACAUAAAGUAUUCUUGUUUUGUUACUGCUUGUAACAUUGCAGCAUAUGUAAAUUACCUACUGAUCUGUGAAUAACUUUAUAUAUAUAUAUAUAUAUAUAUAUAUAUAUAUAUAUAUAUAUAUAUGUAUGUAUGUAUGUAUUGGUGCACUCUAUAUUGCUUUGUUUACCAAAAAUCUUGUGACUUUUACAAUUGUCUAUUUAUAUUUCCUUUUUUUUUUUUUUUUUUUUUUUUUUUUUUAGCCCAUUUUGCCCGCUCCAAAUUAUUUUAUAUCAAAUGUAACUCAAUAGGCUUUAUAAAUAUGAGGGUUUCUUCGGCGAAUUAAUUACGGUGUUGUUAUAUCACCGGCGAUUAAACCUCAGUAUACUCAUUGAGUUCUACUUUUCUCACUUCCACGUGUAUUAACGUGUAUAAAUGGUUCAGAUUAUUUGUAUAAGGAGAGCUGCUGACAUCAGUGCUCUGUUUUGCACUUUACUCCCUGGAAUUGCUUAUGCACAGACUCCAGCUCAUUCAUCUUUGCUGACAUUUUUACAGCUGUACAAAACUUAUUAAGAAAGCCAGGUUAAAGAAAAUGUAAUCCCCAUCCCCUACUGUUGUAGACCAAAGUACUUUCAAAGGUCAUUUUACACAGAUACAGUGUGGAGAUUGCGAGAGGGAAUGGAGUGUUGUCGAUUGUUCACAGAAUGAAUCUGUAAAUGCACUUUUCUGAAGACUCACUUCAGUUGUCAAAAGCACAAAGCAUGAUGAUUGUAAAUGAAGUUUUAUAAAGGACAUAUGAGUAUACAAAGCACUAAGAUAUAUUUGGUAUUUUCUUAGACAUUUUCAUUCACUGAGCACUAUAUUUACGUAUAAUUUGGUAUAUUGUUCAAUAAAUGAAACAUGACCAAACCUACAACUGAAUUUUAUUGAAUUAAAGAAAUACUUUGGAAAAUCCUUCAUUAUAACUAAGCCUACAGAACAGCACAAAAAUAUGAAAUCCUUAAUUAAACUUUACAUAAAGCUGGCUCAGACUAUUUUGCUGUCAACAAGAUUUAAUUGGGGCAGACUUCAUGAUGUUGUUGGCAGUUUUGUGUCUGUCCUGUGUGGGGUUUCCACACUCUUUGGAUGGUGCUCUGGGAAAACCUCCAUUCCAUCAGCAGCAGGUGGGAAGUCAUAUGGAGUGAGGUGUGCUGAAUAUGAACCCUUCAUUGUAAUAAGCUGCAGAAAAUGUCAUCACUUGUGAGAAUGUAAUUUUCAUGUGUGAUAAUUAAUUGAUCAACAUUGAGAAACUUGAGUUUCCUUAAUGUAAACUUACGGAGAACAGCAGAGUAGGUGCAUUAAUAUAGAAUGGUGAUUAAAACUGACUAGAACUAACUGAGCAUUAAUCGGUUUUAACACACGCAUUCCAGCCAAUCAGAACUGAAUAUUCAAGUAGACUAUGGUAUGGGCAUUUUCCAAACGGCAUCUUUGCGCCCUUAAUGUCCUGAGACCCAAGCGUGACUUCUGUGUGCAUUUUCCAUUUCCCUUUUUGAUUUGUAAGUAGUAGAAUCUACAGGAGUAAACAAGCAAAAAAAAAAAAAAAAAAAAAAGUUCUAUAGCAAAUAGUUUUCCUAAAAAUUUAUGUCUUAUAUGUGGACAGCGAGACUAUGUUGUGACAUUUUAAAUAACACUAAGCUACGGAAAGUCCGAUUUUUUUCAUCAAAUUGUUUAUUAUGUUUCCAGGAGUGUUGGUUAUUUAUGUUUUCGAGAUGUUACAGACAUUACAGCUGAUUUUCUGUAAAGCUGAAUUAAUGAUCCUUAUUCAAAGUAAUGUCCAGCAUCAACCAAUCACUGCCAUUCAUGUUAAAAUAAAAUG